AUGGACAACGGCAGUGCUCCCGGUGCUGCGGCUCACGGGUCAGGAGGUCAGCAAACACCUACUUUGACGGCGACGUCUUUUUGUGCAACGUCCUCGUCGCCUAGUGUUCAUGAAGACGUUGUGACAGAGCAUAUAACGUUAGAAAUGGACACUUCGACGGGCACGAGGUCCAGGAGUCAGUGCUCCGCAGCGGGGGGCGCCACACCGCGCGACGGGGAAGGCGUCACGACCCAGCAGCAGGCAGCGGCGCAUCUGUUAUCGACGCUCCAAAACCCAACGACACGACCGCCGUUUCCGCUGCUCACGACGGACGCUAUUCAACUUAUUUUGGAUGAAAACUAUGACUUGAUUCGGGCCAUAUGCGCUGCACAAGAACUGGGCCGUAUUGAACACUGCGCAGCACUAGGAAGCCGUCUGCAUGCCAACCUGGUAUAUCUGGCGACAGUGGCGGACCAUCAACCGGCCAAUACACCUGGGUUAGCAGGCAUCGCUGCGGCGAAUACCAUCGCCGCUACAGAAAAAGCAGCUGCUGCACAGGAGCUGCAAGCUCGGGCACAGAUUCCGCGCCACGUGGGCUCCAAUGCAGCAGCCAGCAUUGCAGCAAAGAUGGCAAUCGGUGCUGCUGCCAUGGCCAGAAAGGAUGCCCUGGAGGCACCCUCGGAGACGCCCACAGCAGGUAGCAUUCGAAGAAAGCGCAUCCGUUCGGAAACGAUGAAUCGCCACUGGACACCUGAGGAGCAUGCCAAGUUUCUCGAACUUGUUCACGAUCCAUCCUGCCGAACAGAGGAUGGCCGAUACAAUGUAAGCCUUAUGAGCGAACGCAUUGGAACGCGUGACAACAAGCAAGUACGAAGUCACCUGCAAAAGUAUUUACUGAAACGACAACAUCAGCUACGAAGAGCGUCCCAAGAUGCGCAACCAUCAUCGAUGACACCGGCACCAUCUGACAGUGUUGGGUAA